UCUUGCCUUGUUUGAACCGCCAUGUUGGCCAACGCGUUAAGGAGAGCGGUGAAUGCCGCUACAAAAAGAACUAUUUAUCCUAAAACUAUUAGCCAGUUGCAGAGACAAGUAACUCCUUCGAGUUUUAUUCUUGAACGAUAUGCUUCCACAAAUAAAACAGAUGCUGGAGCUAAAGCAGCAGCCAAAACAGUGACUCCUGGACGUAUAACAGCUGUGAUCGGUGCUGUUGUUGAUGUUCAAUUUGAUGAUGAGCUCCCUCCAAUUCUUAAUGCUUUGGAAGUCCAGGGCAGAUCUUCAAGACUUAUUUUGGAAGUGGCUCAACAUCUUGGUGAAAACACUGUACGCACAAUUGCUAUGGAUGGAACUGAAGGCUUGGUGAGAGGUCAAGAAUGUGUUGAUACUGGUGGUCCUAUCACGAUUCCUGUUGGUCCUGAGACUCUUGGCAGAAUCAUCAAUGUUAUUGGUGAAGCUAUUGAUGAACGAGGACCUAUUCCUACUGAUUUACGUGCUCCCAUUCACGCUGAAGCUCCAGAGUUUGUUGAAAUGAGCACAGAGCAAGAAAUUUUGGUUACUGGUAUCAAAGUUGUUGAUCUCUUGGCUCCAUAUGCUAAGGGUGGAAAAAUUGGUCUCUUCGGUGGAGCAGGUGUUGGAAAGACUGUUCUUAUCAUGGAACUGAUUAACAAUGUUGCCAAAGCUCAUGGUGGUUACUCAGUGUUUGCUGGUGUUGGAGAGAGAACUAGAGAGGGAAAUGAUUUGUAUCAUGAAAUGAUUGAGUCAGGUGUUAUUAAUCUUAAAGAUAAAUCCUCAAAGGUAGCGCUUGUGUAUGGACAAAUGAAUGAACCCCCUGGAGCUCGUGCCCGAGUUGCGUUGACUGGUUUGACUGUCGCCGAAUACUUCCGUGAUCAGGAAGGGCAGGACGUUUUGCUUUUCAUUGACAACAUUUUCCGUUUCACCCAAGCCGGUUCUGAGGUAUCUGCUUUGCUGGGUCGUAUUCCAUCAGCUGUAGGCUAUCAGCCAACACUUGCUACCGACAUGGGUACUAUGCAAGAAAGAAUUACCACGACCAGAAAGGGAUCUAUCACAUCUGUGCAGGCAAUCUUUGUACCUGCUGAUGAUUUGACUGAUCCUGCACCAGCUACAACAUUUGCUCACUUGGAUGCUACUACUGUUUUGUCACGUGGUAUCUCUGAACUUGGUAUUUAUCCUGCUGUUGAUCCUCUAGAUUCCAGUUCACGUAUCAUGGAUCCGAAUGUAGUUGGACAAGAGCAUUAUAACGUUGCUCGUGGUGUACAAAAGAUAUUGCAGGAUUAUAAAUCACUGCAAGAUAUCAUUGCCAUUUUGGGUAUGGACGAAUUGUCCGAAGACGACAAACUCACUGUUUCAAGAGCGAGGAAGAUUGAGAAAUUUUUAUCCCAACCAUUCCAAGUUGCUGAGGUUUUCACUGGUCAUAUUGGCAAGCUCGUCCCCAUUGAGAAAACAAUCGAUAGCUUCAAACAAAUUUUGGAUGGGAAAUACGAUCAUCUUCCUGAAGCUGCCUUUUACAUGGUUGGUGAUAUUGAUGAUGUUAUCAUUAAAGCUGAUAAAUUGGCUGAAGAACUUGGUACACAAUAGUUUUUCAUGUAUUAAUUAUUUUACAAGGCAUUUGGUUUUCCUUCCUUGCUUUUUGAAAAUAAAUUUAUUUUUUCCCGAUUA